AUGAAUCGAAUCAGCUCUUCAGAUUAGACUUGUUAACUCAGUUUAAAACAACAAUCUAAAGUUUAAUGUCCAUUUAAGCCUAAAAUACCAUAUGAUUUCUAAAAUACAUUUUUUUAAGCUUUCGGUUAGGUGAGCUAUCUGAGAAAGUAAUCUUAAGAUCGUUUGAAAAAUAAUAAUCUCAAGAUCGAUAAUAACGAUAAAUAGUGUUGUGAAAAAUUUGAAUAAAUAUCGCAAUAUUAUGAAUCUACAUUACAAUCUCAAAUUGCUACUAUGAUCUAAUUAAAUGAGCUAAUCGAUUAGCAUACAAAUCUUCUGGAAUCAUAUUUGAAAAAAUAAAAAGCUCAUGUUGAUUAAUAAAAAUCGCCAUUUGUUUUUUCAGAAUAAAAAGAUUCCACUUAAUAAUGGAAAUAGAAAUGGGAACAGGAGAACAUGCUAAAUCAUCAAAGAGAUUAAAAAAUAAACGAGUUGAAAAAUAAGAUAGAAGGCCUUAAAGAAGUGUUGGUGAAGACUGAUAGUUAUACAAUUACUUUGGAAUUGGAAUCUUGGAAAAACAAAUAUGAAAAUUUAGUGAACAUUCACAAGGAAACAGCAGAGAAACUAAAAGGAUUAGAGGAUGAGUUGAAGUAAAUGAAUUAGACGAUGCCAAUUGAUGAAAGUCUUUAAUCAAAGAAGACUACAGUAACUACUAAUAGAAGACGGUUAACCAAGAAAGUGGAGAAUUGA